GAGAAGAGAGUGUGUCGUCCGGCUGGUCCUUUUACGUGCAACAGUUCCUACCUGCGUCUUGGCAAACUACUUGCGGACGUCUGCUGUCUCGUACAUGGGUCUGAAUAUUUCCAUCGCCUCCCCUUGGAUGUCCAGCCCGUGGCCAUUUUUCGUCAAAUAUGGACCUUCCACGUCUGUCCUCGACCCCGUCGAUUCACGUUCAUGAUUGCAAUAACAGUUACGACCGCCAUAUGUCCGGAUCGUCGUUCUCGUCAAGGGGACCAAUGCCCAUUCCGAACAAAACCGUAG